CAUCACGUGGCCAUGCCCGGCUCGCUGAUUGGCUGCCGGCGCCACGCCUGUUUCACGUGACGAAGCCAACGGGCAGCCGCCGGCGGUUGAGUGCUGGGCCAUCCCGCCCUGCCCCGGGAGGCGCUCUCGCCCGAUCCGCGAAGACGUGUCGCGCAGGGGGAGGCCUGGCUGCCCGUGAGCCCCACGGUUGCCUGGGCUGCCGCCGCCAUCCUCGCCAUGUCCCGCGUGCCCGGUGCCCUCCUGCCCCCACUCGCCGCCCGCCUGGGGCCCCGCCGCGUGUGCCCGGCCGAGCCCGCGGGGCCGCCCGCUGCAGGCCCCGACCCUCUCUCCAGCCUGGCCUGGUCCUGGCAGACGGCGCAGCCCAGCGCGGCCCCAGGCCUGCGGCUCCCGCCACCGCCCGACGCGGGGGCCUACGACAGCGAGGACGAGGACGAGGACACGCUGGGCCCCGUGGCCGAGGCAGAGCAGAGCGUGCUGGCGCUGCACCGCUGCCUGGCCCUGCUCGAGGACCCCAACGCCCAGGCCCUUGGGGCCCGCGUCCGCCCGCCCUCCGGCGAUGCCGCCCCUGCCGCCUUCUACUGUCCUGCCCGGGCCCACGUGGCCCGGCUGGAUGCCCUGCUGCGGCAGCGCCGCCUCCUGCGCCUGGCCCGCACCCUCACGCGCCGCCUGCAGGCUGCCGCCGCCUUCGUGCGCCGCCUCGGGCACCUCCUGGAGCAGCAGGCGCGGCGAGAGCGGCCGGGCGAGCCCGGGGACGGGCAGCCGCUGCGGAGCCUCUGCGAGGAGCUGUGGACGCUGGCCGGGCACCGGCGCCAGCUGCGCGACGACCCCAGGCUGCGGGCGCUGGGGCCCGAGGUGCUGGCGGGCAUGCGGCAGGCGCUGGGGCUCCUGGGCCGGCAGGCCACUCUCCUGCUGGAGCGCUACGCCGAGGGGCUGCUGCGCAGCCUGGCCCGCGCCGGUCCCCCUGCCUGCCCUGCCCUUCUCACCGACCUGUGCCAGGGCCUGGAGCUCUACAACCGCGCGCUGAGUGACCAGGCUGCGGAGCCGGCUCUCGGCAGCUCCCAGCUGGACCCCACCGCCCCUCUGGGGCCCCAGGUGGCGCCGGGGGGCCAGGCCCAGGUGUUCUCCUCUAGCCGCGUGCUGGGGGUGCUGGCGGCCGAGCGGGGCUGCCUGGCUGCACAGCGGCUACACCGCCUGCUGCUGCAGCGGGUGCAGGCAGGUGGGGGGGGGCCAUCGAGCUGGGAGGAGGCCACGGCGCCUCGGCCCCCCGAUGCCCAAAUUCCCGAGGAUGCUGUGGCUGAGGAACUGCAGGCGCUGUGCAGGGUGGAUGCGCGACUCCUGGACCUCGUGCUUGCGGCCUCCCCAACUGCCCUGUGGCACCAUGGUCCAGCCUGGCCACGCCAGGAAGCACCUGAGACAACGUGGUCCAGCCUGUCCCAGCUGUCCGGCUGUCGGCCUGAUGCAGAAGCGCUGCACGCCCAGUACCGCCUGCUCGUCUGGGAGGCUGCAGCUGCUGCGCUGGGCCGGCUCCUGGAGCUGCCCGAGCUCCUGGGCAGCCUGGCACCAAGGGGAGGGCGGGCCAUGCUUGCUCUGGCCCAGGAGCUGAGCCAGGUGCUGAACCGGGCGCAAGUUCCCCAGGAGUGCGUGGAGGAGCUGCAGCGCCUCUGUCUGCACCUGCUCUGCCAGGGCGUCUUCUUCAGUUGGGACCGAGGCUUCUGUCAGGCGCUGGGCUCCAGCCUCACUGACAAGUGCAGCCCGGGGCCAGGGCAGGCAGGGGCCACGGCACGGAGCAAGACAGCCGGGCUCCUGCAGCAUCUCUACCCGCCUCUUGCCUUCGCCCUGCGCCACCUGCAGCCUCCUCGCUCUGGAUGUGCCACGAGUGGGCUGCAGCUGGAGCUGCUGAGCCUCUGCGUGGCCACAGGGCAGCUUGCCCGUGCCUGGGUCACCGCCAAGGCCCAGCAGCACCUGGCAUCCUGGGCUGUCGGCCCCUUCCUCCUGGUCACCCAUGGAGACCUCCAGUUGCUCCGGGCUGAGACAGAACGGCUGAGCACGCUGGCAGGUUGCAGCAGCCUAGGCGGGGGGUGCCAGGGCCUCAUCUCUCACCUCGAGUGGCAGCUCCGCCAGCAGCUCCGUGCCACGGCCACUGGCAUCCAGGCCCUGGCAGAGGAGGCACCGUGGAUGCUGGGCGCAGCCUGCCACCGGCUGUCAGCCGAGCUCCUGACACAGACUAUGCCACUGGGCAGGCACUGGAGACCUGCCUUGCGGGCAGAACCACCAAGCACGCCGAGCGAGUAUGCCGUGGCUGCCACACAGGCUGUCCUGGCCCCGGCGUUGCAAGGCAUCCAGCUGCUGCCCCAUGACACUCAGGUGCCCACACUCACCCUGGUGCUGACAGCCUUUGUGGAGGCCUGGAUGGAGCACAUCCUUGCCCACAGGAUCAAGUUCAGCAGAUGGAUGGCGCCGUCACCUGCCUCCUGCAGCAGCCCGGGCCCCGGCCCCGCCCUCGCCCGCCCUGGCAGGCCCUGCGCAAGUGCUGCUCCCGCCGUGGCAGGCGCACGCAGGCCCCCGGCACCAGCAGCCUCAACAGCCUGGAGAGCCUGGAAGUGGGGCCCCCCCCUACCUUGGAGGUGCCAAGCCCCGACGUGCAGCACCAUGCGCAGGGCAGUGCCACACCCGAGUCCUACCUCACCAGCGCCCAGCAGCAGUGGCUCGCCUUGCGGCUGCACGGAGCCCGGCGCUGGAGGCUGUCCUGCCUGCCCUGCUUGGGCUGCAGCCCCGAGCUCUGACCCUCAGCCGUCUGCCCUGGCCCCAAAAUACAGCGGUCAGCACUCGGCGGCCUGUGGUGCGUGGUCCUGUUCUGGCGGGCACUGCGGGUCUGGAGCAAGGGGCCUGUGGAUCAGGAGUCGAGGGGCUCUGGAGGGGGCUGACCCUGCUUCAAGGACGGGCUGUGCUGGGGGCAUCGCACUCUCCCAGGUGGCAGCAAGCCCUGCUGCUCGCUGUCGGCCCAGGCCCCUGGGCGUUACGGGGCAUCUGCCCCCAGUAAGUCAGGUCAAGUCAGCCGGGAGCUCCCAGGGCUGCGGGGCUGCUGGCAGUGGAAGAGACCCUGCAUGGAGGGGGCUUGUCCUGUGUGGACCAGCUGUGCCCAGUUCCCCGGGGCUGCAUGCUCAUGCCCCAGCAUCAGCCCCUUCUCUAGAGAGUCCUGGCCAGGAACCAGCCCUGAGCCUUGUGCUCUGCUCCCAGGGGGCUCAGGGCUGCGUGGCCCCAACCCCCCUGCAAGAGGGGCCACGCUGGGGCCCCCAUCCAGCACCAGCCAGCUGUCGUGAGUGCCCCCCCCUUCCCCCCUGCAGUUCAGAGGGGUGGGGGCAGCUUGGAGGGGCCAGGCCAGCCCCAGGCAGACUCCACAGGCAGGGCUGCAGCUCUGGGCCUCCAUGCUGCAGCCACAGGGACGGUCCCUGCCCUGCAGUCAGGGAGGGCAGGGAGCACCCUUGGCCCUGGUCCCGGUCCCUCGGCAGAGCCUAGAGUCCUGGGCGGCUGCGGGCCUGCCUUUCCAGCCAGAGGCUGCUGCAGCCUGCCCGGCCCUGCCCUGCCCCGGGGGUCUUCCCCAGCUCCUGGAGCCUGCUGCCUGCCUGGUCUGGCCCAGGAUGGUGGAGAGGGCACGGGCCUGGCUUAAAGCCUCUCAGCCACUGGCGUGUGAGCUGCUCCAGCAGCCAACAGCUGGCUCCAGACAUCCCAGCCGGGUCUGCCCUCGCCCUGGGGAGCUCCUGCCUUGGCCCCCAUGCCGAGGUAGUUCUGCAUCCCUGCUCAGCCCCGAUGAGCCCGCGCAGCCCUGGCCUGUGCUCCACAACAGCAUGGGCGACCCAGGAGCUGGGGGAGAGUGGCACAAACGGGCAUCGGCCUGGGUGCAGGGUGGGGGUCAGAGGAUGGAGACGGGCAGCUUUGUGGCUGCAGCACAAGGAUCAACGGACAGAAAAGAGGGUGUGGGUGGAUCAAUCCUAGAGCUGUGGAGCCAGAAGGGACCUCUGGGGGCCACCCCCCUGCUCCAAGCAGGAUCAGCCCCAACUACAUCAUCCCAGCCAGGGCUUUGUCUACCUGGGUCUUCCGUACCUCCAAGGAUGGAGACUGCACCACCUCUGGGUGACCUGUUCCAGUCUUUUACUACCCUCCUAGUGAGAGGUUUUCCUCAUAUCCAGCCUCAACUUCCCUUGCUGCAGCCUGAGCCCAUUGCUCCUUGUCCUGCCGUCUGCCCCCACUGAGACCAGCCCAGCUCCAUCCUCUUUGCAGCCCCCCUGCAGGGAGUUGGAGGCUGCUGUUCAAUCCCCCUCCGUCUUCUCUUCUGCAGACUCAAGCAGCCCUGCUCCCUUGGCCUCUCCCCCCGCCCCCAACCACUUUCCUUGCUCUCCGCUGCACUCUCUCCAACGUGUCCACAUCCUUUCUGCAGUGGGGCGCACAGCUGGACACCGGACUCCAGAUGUGGCCUCCCCCCUGUUGAAUAGGGGAAGGAUCACUGCCCUCCAUCUGCCGGCAAUGCUCCUGCCGAUGCAGCCCGGGACGCCGGUCGCCCUCUUGGCGCAAGGGCACACUGCCGGCUCCUGUCCAGCUUCUUGUCCCCCAUCGCCCCCAGGCCCUUUCCUGCAGAGCUCUGCCCAGCCCGUGCCCCCGCCUGCCCCGGGGCAGGGGAUCGCUCCUCCUCGGUGCAGCACUUUGCACGUGUCCUUGUUGGCCCCCCCCUCAGGAGGCUCCCGCCAGCCCAGUCCUCCGGCGUGUCGGGGUCCAGCGCACCGCGCUCCCCCGCCGGGCUCGGUCACCUGCCCGGCCGCCGAUGAAGGCGGUGAAGCAAGGCGGCCCCGGGGGCUCCGCUAGGUGCCAGCUGCCACCCAGACGUCGCUCUGCGCCCGGCGCUGCAGCCGGCUCUGCCCGCCCGGCUCGGCUGCGUUGUGCUGCGCUGCGGGAAGCCGGAUCAAACCCCGGCUGCAAUCCAGUGCAUCGUGCCCGCAUCCGCAGCGCCGAGCACCUGGUCGCCAAGGCGGCGUCCCUGCUGCCUCGCCCCGGCCAUCGCCGCCCGCUCCUGCCCGUGCUCGCCCGCGACUCCCGGGCACCCGCUCCAGCCACCCACCGCGUGCGGGGCCCGCCUGCGCCU